UAUGAAGGCAAACAAUGUUGAUUAUCAAAUAGAAUUCUGUGAGGUUGUAGGUAACGCCUGCAUACAUGACGAUCAAGGGGAUCGAAAGAAAUUUUUAAACUGUAAGUAGAGACACAUUCAGUCCCUUAGUCCUAUAGCCCAUCUAAGAUUAUGGUAGAAAUCCUUUCCCCGAUUCAUAUAAUGAGAAUGAAAGCAAGGAUCUUUAUAGUGAAAAUUCGUCUAUCACUUAAACACUGGAUAUAGUGUUAGACCUAAUAUCCAUAUUUGGUAUUAUUGUUUAAGCAACAUGAAUUUUUGUAGAUAACAUUGUUAAUAUAAGAGAUGACCAUAAUAUAAAAAAUUACUCCAUGGAUGGCGGAAUUGAUUUGAUUGGAGAGCAUAGGGGUGUAAAAUUCGUUGUGCAGUGCAAGAAUUUUACAGAAGACAAAGUAAAUGCCUCCCUCGUUAGAGAUUUUAUUGGAGGAUUAUCAAUUUAUCCUCCUGAUACAUCAAAGAUGUGUUAAUAACAAUUUCGAACACCAAGAUCAAGAUAUGGGUAAAAGGAAAAACCUGCUCAGUAAACAAUAUUCUCUUUCGGCAUUGUACGCCAACAUUUAAUACUGAGUCAUUAGAUGAUAAUAGAAGAGUUAUGUUAACGUGUUUGGACAUUUUUGGUCACAAAUAGUUUUCUUAUAGUAGAAUAGAUGAUGUGAUUUCUGGGACUGGCUGUCUCGAAAUGCCUGGAGAAUAUCAUGCUAGUUCUGGUGUAAGCGGCUAAGAUCCAUUAAUAAUACAUGAUGAGCUCUAUGUACUACUACGUUCAAGAAUCUUUUCUAUUAUUCUGAUUUACACAUGGACGACGCGCAAUGAACAAAUCUGAAUUAAUUCGGUAGAAAAACGGUCGGCGACAAUGAUAAUAAUUCAGAUUCUGAUUUACAUAUGGACGACGCGCAAUGAACAAA